CGUCCUAAGCGGUGCCUGACUAAAAAUAUGAGCACGGUCCAAACUAAACUGUUAAAACGUAGAACAUAACAACAUGUCGGGGAACAUCGAGUGGUUUCGAGCCUCCACACGCUCUGUGAGAGAGUCCAACAAAGUUCUGACCCGACAGCUGUGCCGUAGAGCCCGAAUGAGGGGUUACACUGGGCCCUGAACGCUGCCUGCAGAACACAGCAGGAGGGCCGGGCAACAGGCAGCUGAUGGGAGAUGAGGGAUUAGGACUUCAUUACCCAGCAUGCACUGCCAGUGUUUGUAAAAUCCCUAAAGAGGAUUUGUGUGGAUCAGAGACGACAUGCCGCUGAAGAGAGAAGAUACUGAGCGUGCUCUGCAGGUGAUGGAGGCCUGUCAGGCCGGAGCUGCUGAAGGGGUCAAAGGUCGCGCAGAGAAACUGCUCAACAUCUUCCAGAGUGACCUGUUCCAGGCCCUGCUGGACAUACAGGAGUUCUACGAGCUGACGGUUUGUGAGAACCAGACACCGAGCCAACCACACACACCUGGACAGAAGUAUCGUUACCAAGACGAUGAGACUCCGCCUAUCGACCCCAGCCCCGGUCACAUGACCCACGGACGCAGCACCGAACUGAGCCACGCACACCUGGACGGAUACACACACCCUGCCGCACUCACCAUGAACGGAUCAGAAGGAGAGCUGGAGUACGAAGAGAUCACACUGGAGAGGGGGAACUCUGGUCUGGGUUUUAGCAUCGCAGGAGGAACUGAUAAUCCUCACAUCGGAGACGACCCGUCCAUCUUCAUCACCAAGAUCAUCCCUGGAGGAGCAGCCGCCCAGGAUGGACGCCUCAGGGUGAACGACAGCAUCGUAUUUGUUAACGAUGUGGACGUGCGUGAGGUCACUCACUCCAUCGCCGUGGAAGCGCUGAAGGAGGCGGGGCCUGUCGUCAGGCUGUACGUCCUGCGGCGACGCCCACCGACUGAACGUGUCACACAAAUCAAACUGAUGAAAGGACCUAAAGGUCUGGGCUUCAGUAUAGCCGGAGGUGUGGGGAACCAACACGUUCCUGGAGACAACAGCAUCUACGUCACCAAGAUCAUCGAGGGCGGUGCGGCGCACCGAGACGGACGGCUACAGAUUGGGGACAAGAUCCUGGCUGUGAACCACGUGUCCCUGGAGGACGUCCUGCAUGAAGACGCUGUGGCGGCCCUGAAGAACACAGGGGAGGUGGUCUACCUGAAGGUGGCCACACCCGCCUCGCAGUACAUCCACCCUGCUGAUCGAUACAGCCCCCCCGACCUGACCAGCUGUACGUACACCUCCUAUAUGGAGCCUGACUACAUGUGUGAUUACCCACAAGCCCUCCCUCCUCCGUCACCACGACGAUACUCACCUAUCCCCCGCGGCAUGAUGGGAGAGGACGAUUAUUCCCGGGAGCCUCGCAGGGUCUGCGUGCAGCGCGGCUCCACCGGUCUGGGCUUCAACAUCGUGGGCGGAGAAGACGGAGAAGGAAUCUUCAUCUCCUUCAUCCUCGCAGGAGGACCAGCAGACCUGAGCGGAGAGCUCCGCAAGGGAGACCAGAUCCUCAGUGUAAACGGUGUGGAUCUCAGGUAUGCCACACAUGAACAGGCAGCAGCCGCUCUGAAGAACGCUGGACAGACUGUUACCAUAGUAGCUCAGUACAGACCUGAAGAGUACAGCCGCUUUGAAGCAAAGAUCCACGACCUGAGGGAGCAGAUGAUGAACAGCUCGUCUGGAAGUCUGAGAGCCAACCGCAGCUUCUACGUCAGGGCCUUGUUCGACUACGAUAAGCAGUGGGACUGCGGCGUCCUGUCUCAGGCUCUGGACUUUAACUUCGGGGAGGUUCUUCAUGUGAUGGACAGCGCCGACGACGAGUGGUGGCAGGCCAGACGAGUGAACCAGCAGGGGGAGCUGGAGGAGCUGGGAUACGUCCCGUCCAAACACAGGGUGGAGAGGAAGGAGUGGUCCCGUAUGAAGAGUAAAGGAAGAGAAGGCUUCGUCCACAGCUACGAGCUCAUCACUCAGAUCGAAGUGGACUACGCCCGUCCCGUCAUCAUCUUGGGGCCGACCAAAGACAGAGUCAACGACGACCUGCUGUCCGAGUUCCCGGACAAGUUUGGCUCCUGCGUCCCUCACACGACACGCCCCCGGAGGGACUACGAGGCUGAUGGGCGGGACUACCACUUUGUGUCGUCACGGGAACAGAUGGAGCGAGACAUCCAGUCCCAUCGCUUCAUCGAGGCGGGGCAGUACAACAACCACCUGUAUGGGACGUCGGUGCAGAGCGUCAGACAGGUGGCCGAGCAGGGGAAACACUGCAUCCUGGACGUGUCGGCCAACGCAGUGAGGAGGCUGCAGGCGGCUCAGCUCCACCCCAUCGCCAUCUUCAUCCGACCACGAUCCCUCGAGAACAUCCUGGAUCUGAAUAAGCGUCUGUCGGAGGAUCAGGCGAGGAAAGCUUUGGAUCGAGCUAUCAAACUGGAACAAGACUUCCUCGAGUGUUUCACAGCCAUCGUGCACGGCGACAGCUUCGAGGAGGUGUACCACCUGGUCAAAGCCGUCAUCGAGGAGCAGAGCGGUCCUUACAUCUGGGUUCCCGCCCGCGACAGACUCUGAUUGGCCACUGCCAGCCACGGGCGUCGUCUCCACGGAAACCGCCGUUGUCAUCCCCCUCUGAGCGGCGUGACGUGACGGAGAACAGACGUUUGUCUUUUUACAGUUUUUGUUUUCUUUCUGGAGGCUGAGGAGCGAGCGCACUGAUUGGCUCAUGGAGCCGUCAGUGUGUCAGAGGGACAUCUGAUUGGAUGAUUGAUUAAUUGAUUGAUUGAUUUCUGUGUUGGUUCAAUAAUCCUGUAUUAUCAGUAAAUACUGAAUCAGAGGACUGUAGAAUUCAGUUGGUAUUGAAGUAUUUAUAUUAACAUAUUUAUUUAUUGAUUUCUCUAUUUAUUUAUUUAUGUGAUGUGAAAAUGGUGUGUGUGAGAGUGUGUGUGUUUGUGAGAGUGUGUGUGAGAGUGUGAGUGUGAGUGUGUGUUUGUGUGUAGUGUACAUACAGACUUGUGUGACUGUAAAUAAAACGAUGGGGCUCAAACACACAGUCUAUUCAGGGCUUAAAGUAUCAAACACUGGACUACAACACCCACAAUCCCCCUCUGCUGGACUUCAACUCCCACAGCCUGUCUGGACUACAAUCUUCUUCAUUUGGACUACAGAAACUCACAUUGACUCACUGUAACUCACUGCAUGGACUACAACACCCUGAACUCCUUCAUCUGGACUACGUCACCCACAAUCCCUCUCUGUGUCUACACAGGAGGGGGAGGAGUAACGGUCAGACUACACCUCCCUCUUCUAUUGGACUACAAUGCCCAUGAUGCCUCAAUGCUUGGACUACAACAUCCUGACCCCUCCUUCUUGAGGUCAAACUGAAACUCAACACUUCUGUUUUUAAGGCUUUGGACUACAUUACCCACAGUUCCCGGCUCCAGUGGAGGAUAACACCACCUACAGCACAGAGGGACUACAUUACCCACAAGUCCCAAGUCCAGCUCUUCUGGACUACAGUAUCUAUGAUUCCUGCUCCAGAACAGGACCACAAACUCACCUGGACAGGUGUGGGUGGACGCUGUGUGGGUAACCAUGGCGACUGGGACUGCUGGUGGAUCCAACAUGGCCGCUGCUGCUCCCAAACUGGCUUCUGAUGGUUCCAGUGGGCUUUUUUAAGACUGAAUAUCAGGGUCGGGUGAAAAAUUAUGAUAAUUAUUGUAAUGAAAAUAAUCUGAAUUAUUGAUGAUGUAAUAUCAUCUCACACACACACACACACACACACACACACACACACACAUGCACACACACACACACGCACACACACACACACACACACACACACACACACAUGCACACGCACACACACAGCGGGCUUACCUGAGGUCGUCUUUUCUUUCUGAGCACUGACAGAAGUUACACUUUAUUAAAGCUAUAAAAUCAUAUCUGAAUAUGUAUUAUUAUCUUGUGAUACACACACACACACACACACACACACACACACACACACACACACACACACACACACACACACACAGGAGGCUGCUGGUUUGUUGUAUAAUGAAAUAAUUAGUUAUAAAUGAAAUUCAACUAUUGAAAUAUUGAAAUAAAUUCCUUAUAAAA